AGUACUUGUAUGCAUGCAGCUAUCUACUAUCCAAAUGUGAGUGUAAUAGAAAUAUAUAAAUGUAUAUAAAUGUAUAUAUUCUUUUUCCGUAUCUUCUGCACAUAUUAUUUAACAAGUAAUUGUAUUUAUGAUUAAAGAAAGAGGAAAUUGUUAGAUGUAAAAAGGUUUUAUCAUUUCACUUUAAUUGCUUCCACUAGCUUUGUCUUAUAAACAAAAGUCAUGGUCCACCUCUUUUUGACUCUUCUUCAUCAAUGUGAGUCAUAAUUCCUCAUCUCUAAAAGAUUUUUAUGUCUGUAAAACUUUGAUACAUAAUAAUAUACUUUGUCAAUGUCAUAGAGUCUCUUUUAGUGUCCAUCAUAUAGAUGCAAAUAUGAAACAUGCAACCUUGAUGUUUAAGUUCAAACACCUUUUGAUAAAAAUUAUUGCUAACUCUUACUCCUUUCCAUUUGAGGCUUAAUGGAAUGAGCUGCAAUAAACUAAUAAAUCUCUUUUUUCUUUCCAGAAGUCAUACAUGCGUGACUUUUGAUUAUAAUACUGAAAACUGUGUUAGAAAUAUUAUCUCUCACUCUAAGUUUAUACAUAGGUGGGCAUAUGCUUUUUAUUCUUCACAUUACAUGCUUGCAUAUAUGAUUAAAUAUGAAUUUGCGUCAAUUUAUUGUGUAUUGGUUUAGAAAAGUAAAAGAAAACUUAGUAUUGGUAUCUAAAUCCAUAUGAGGAAUGGAUAGACUGGCCUCGAUAAUAGGUUUUUAAGAGCUCAUAACUAGAACGAAAUCUUAGGACAAUCUUGUUACACGACACGAGACAACUGAACUCACCUUGUAGGAAACCGAAAGUACAAACACAACCCAAAAAAGGAAAACAAAAAAACCUAAGCGUAUCUAUUAAGUUUAUCUUACACGAUUUAAUUUUAUACAGUGUAAUUUUAGAAUCGCCGCGCAAAAUACAGCUCUUUGAUAUUUAAUAUUUUUAUUUAUUAUUUUUAUUUGGUAGUAUAACGGGCCACCGUUAAAAAUUAACGGUAAAUGUUAAUUUUUUAGGUGAUAAAGAAAUAAGCAGAAGAAGAAUUUGUUAUAAAUAACGUUAACUCACUUCUUUCUCUCCUCUCACUUAAGUUGCAGAACAGCAACCAACAAUGGAGAAAGCUCUCUUCUGAUCAUCUUUCUUUUUUUUUAAUACUUUGUUUUCCUGUUAAGCUAAACUCGUUUGUCCCCUACUCAAAAAAUGGAAAAUCGAGUGGGUUUCAGAUUCAUUCCUACGGACGAGGAGAUCGUGGACUAUUACAUCAGGCUCAAAAAUCGCGGUGGUUCCGACACUAACCAUGUCGAUAAAGCCAUUAGAGCAGUCGACAUCUGUAGCUUCGAUCCUUGGGAGUUACCUUCCAAGUCGCGGAGGGAGUCGAGAGAUCAGGUUUGGUAUUUCUUUUGUCGGAAGGACAACAGAGGAGAGAGACAGAGCAGAAAAACCAAGUCUGGUUUCUGGAAGAAAACUGGACCUACAAUGGAUAUCUUCCAAAAGAGAGGAGAUCGCGAGAAGAUUGGUGAGAAAAGGGUUUUGGUGUUUCACUUGAGCGGUUCCAAAUCGAAAUCAGAUUGGGUUAUGCACGAAUACGUGGCUACCUUCUUGCCUCCUACUGAUCAGGUUAAGUUUCUUUUUUUCCCAAAACCAGUUUUGGCUUUCUGUUGUGAUUGAUUUCUGCUUUUGGGUCGUAUUUGAUUUU